CCAUUUCCAGAUACUGCUUAUUUAUGACUUCUGAGCAGAGAGCCAGCAGGCGGCAUGUGUCUUUAGGAGAACACUAACAUCUGUGUCCAGAGGGCUCGCCCGAGACGUCAGAUAUGGGAUUAUCACAGAACACACUGUGGCUGAGGGGCAAGAGUGAAGAGUCUGUCUGCUUUUUCUGAUGUGGUAGCAACUUUUGCAAACAGGGACUUUGUUGAAAUUGCUAUUCAUGCUCUGAAAGAUUUGGGGACGGUGGGUGUGAUCCCAGAUCCAAGACAUCGUCUGUGGGUGAGAGAACACCUUGUGGGCCCAUCAGAGGUCUUUUCCUGCCUGGAUCUUAUUGGAUGUGUUACUGAGACCUGGAGGCAGAGUUACACUUACUUCCCAUGGAUCCAAACAUCCAGGGGUCCUUCCUGUUCAACAACAGCCUGAACCAAUUCCCCUCGGAACUCAAGGCACCAGUGUGCCAGUACUCAGUGCCCAACUCUUUCUACAAGCUCAACCCGGGCCUGAACAGCCAGCUGCAGGCAGGGACGCCCCACGGCAUCAGCGACAUCCUGAGCCGCUCCAUGAUGGGCUCCACGGGCACCACCACCCUGCUGUCCGGAUACUCCACCAUGGGGGGGUUCAGCCCCUCCGUCACCAGCACGUCCAUGUACUAUAACCGAGACUACAACUCUUCCCUGGGCGGCUUCUCCAAGCCCGGCGCCGAGUGCCCCAUGAAGGGUCGCAGUGUGAGCUGCUGGGCGGAGAGCGGCUGUGACUGGAGAGGAGGGAGGCAGCAGUGCACCAACAGUAGUGGUCAUCUGGGGGAGAUGUCAGGCAGGAAGAAACACACCAGACCAACAUUUAGUGGACAUCAGAUAUUUGCCCUGGAGAAAACAUUUGAGCAGACCAAGUACCUGGCCGGGCCUGAGAGAGCGCGACUGGCUUAUUCUCUGGGCAUGACUGAGUCACAAGUCAAGGUGUGGUUUCAGAACCGACGCACCAAGUGGAGGAAGAAGAGCGCCACAGAGCCGAGCUCCACGCAGGCCAGCCUGGCGGGGCAGGGCGGCGAGGCCUCGGAGAACGAGGUGGAGGACGAGGAGUACAACAAGCCUCUGGACCCCGACUCUGACGACGAUAAGAUCCGACUGCUGCUGCGCAAACACCGCAGGGCUUUCUCCGUCCUGCGUCUCGGGCCACACCACGUCUGACAAACUUCCUGCAAAUCACACGCACACACACAUGCGCGCGCUUCUCAGCAGACCUGCAUGCUGUAAUGACAGUAAUUUGUUUUGAAUACAAAGUUGAAGCAUUUAAGCAUGUUCAGAAGAGGUCAUUGUGGUCAUCCAACCAAAGAGCUAGACAGGCUGUAGAAAUGAAGCUAUUUACUUUUAUAAGUUACUGUAUCUCUGGCCUGUUUAAUGUUACACUGAUGUAAGGAAUUAUGUUAUACACACCAUUUUGUAAAAACAUAAGAAAAUGACAUUUAAAAAAGUGCA